AUGGUCAAACCGAAAUACUGGCACGCGACUAGGUCACUGUUAUUGAAGACGAAAGAUGGUCGAACCACUUCCUUUGCAGACCUGUGCAAGUCGCUUAUUCCGUCGUGUCGACUCAAUCCGUUUCUAUUCAACGGGCAUCUCCAGACCAUCUGGACAGUCUUGACCCGAGAGGAUAUACCGAUCUACUACAAGCGGAGAAUCUUUGAGAAUGAAGACCCAGUCUUCACAGGCCAGUUCUCGGUCGACUUCGUGACGUCUCCCAACAAUGACUCGGAUGCGUCUCUACCAUCGCGCACGACCUAUUUUACAGAACAGGAGUUUCAGAACAUCGGCUCUCUGGACAAUCGACCUAUGUUGAUCAUGCUCCAUGGAUUGAGCGGCGGCUCCCAUGAGCUCUAUCUGCGCCACGUUCUGGCCCCUCUGGUGGGAGAGGGAGGUUGGGAAGCUUGUGUCGUUAUUUCUAGAGGUUGUGCCAUGAGCAAAACCACUAGUAGCGUGCUGUACAACGCGCGUGCAACUUGGGACAUGAGGCAGACAGUCAAGUGGCUUAAAACGACUUUCCCUAAUCGCCCCCUCUUCGGAAUGGGCUUCUCCUUGGGCGCCAACAUUAUUACGAACUACCUCGGUGAAGAAGGCAGUGCUUGCCCCUUGAAGGCCGCUGUUAUUCUGUCUAAUCCAUGGGAUCUCCAUGCCGCAAAUCUUGCACUGCAGAGAACAUGGUUCCGUCGGAACGCCUAUUCCGCGAACAUGGGCCAGAGUAUGAAGAAGCUUUUCGAAAGGCACGUAGACCAGAUCUCGCAGAACCCCAAGAUCGACGUCGGUCUCGUCCGACAGGCCAGAUAUCUUCAUGAAUUCGAUCGUUAUGUCCAAGGUCCCACAUGGGGUUAUCCCACAGAAGGGGCCUAUUACCGUGAUGCCUCGUCGGUCGAUUCAGCAUUGUCCAUAAGGAUUCCUUUCCUGGCAAUUCACGCUGAAGAUGAUCCGGUGACAGCAAGUGAAGCGCUGCCGCGGGAAGAAGUACAACAAACUUCAUACGGGGUGCUCUGUACGACUCCCGGUGGGGGUCAUUUGAGUUGGUUUGAGCUUGGUGGCAGACGAUGGUUCGAAAGAGUGACCACAGCGUUCUUCCAGACCAUGGCCAACGAUAUUGACCUGGACUCAAUUUCCAAGACAGACGGCAAAGGUGCUCAACUCGAGGGUCAAAUCUCUCGCGGCGAACGACAACCGUUGAAGCCUGUCUUUGAGCCGAUGCGCAGAAAGAUGCAUGUCCCGGGCUUAUGA